AUGGGACUUUUGCCAUCAACAUGCAGUUGGGUAUUUCUGGCUGUGAAACCACAGGAGAUGAAGUCUGUGAUGGAUAGGCUGAGAUGUUCACCAGGAAGUGCAGUCACCACAAGAAUUUGGAUCUCUGUUGCUGCUGGGAUCUCCUCUAGUACCCUCCUAAAGAUGUUGAGUGAUGGACAACUUGGAAGACAGUUGAUCAGAGCCAUGCCAAAUACAGCUGUGCUAUUGAAGUGUGGGUGUGUGACUUACUCAACAGAUAUCCAGGAUGAUAGCAUCACAAGAUCAUUUGAAACCCUGAUGAAGCCACUUGGUCUUUGUGUUCGUGUUCCUGAGGGACAGAUGAAUGCCACUUGUGCUCUUUCAGGCUCAGGAAUAGCUUUUUUAUUGAUGGCCCUUGAAGCACUAUCAGAUGGAGGGGUGAAAAUGGGGCUUCCACGUGCUCUUUCUUCUCAACUAGCGGCUCAAACCAUGAUGGGAGCUGCUCAGCUGGCUCUGACUGCUGUAGAGCCUCCUGCAAUUCUGCGAGAAAGAGUGUCUUCACCUGGUGGUACAACCAUGGCUGGAUUGCAUGCCCUUGAAAAGGGUGCUUUCCGGUCUGUCCUAAUUGAUGCUGUGGAAGCAGCCACUCGCAAAGGAGAAGAGCUCUCUUCAUCAAGUCUAGUCAAUUCAAAUUCCUAAAAAAAAAUGUUGGCAGUCUACUAAGAAUCAUGUUUGUGUCAUUUCAGCAUGUACAAUGAAAGCUGCUUAUAUUUGUCUUGAAGUGAAUUAUUUUUUAGUGCCAUUUCACAUUGCAUGGGUUCUGCUUGAUGGAUGUGAUUUAUAGGAAAAUAUACCUUUCCAAAG